CCCAAAAGAGUUUAUUUGCUCACCCAAAAAAAAAAAAAAAACAAAAAAGAGAGACAGAAAUCGCAAGGUAGGCCUGUAGGGAAUGUCGACUACCAUCUUCUUCAUGGCCCUCCAAUGCUGCCAAUGCUCCACCAUGCAAGUGAAGCAGAGGAAGAAGAGCAGCAAGAGCAACAAAUGGACAUGCGUUGUCUGCAAUCAGAAGCAAUCGAUUCGGAAGGUCUUCGCUCAAGGUCCCAUGGCCAAGGACCUCCGUCUCUUCGUCCAGUCCUUCAACAUGUCUCGCCAAUUCCAAAACCAUUCCUCAUCAUCAUAUGAUCCGCCAUUGGAGGACGAUCCUCCGCUCCAACAUCUUUCCCCCUCCGAUGGCAAGAGGCCGCGCACCGAUUGGACCGAAUUCCUCGAUCCCGAUCACGAAAUCUGUGAGGACAUUGAACAAGGAGGAGUCGAACCAGCAGAAUGUGGUUUUGAGCUGGAGAUUGUGACGGAGUUGCCAGAGGGAUUGUACAAGAAAGCGAAGCUGAACAGGAGUGCUGAUGGUGAUGGUGAUGAACUUUACAAACCUGUUUUCUCCAAGAGAAAUUCCAACAAACGAGUGCUUUUUCAAGAGAAGGAGCCAAGGAUCCAUGAGGAACAUGACUUGACAACUGCCAAGGAGAACUCAAAAUGGGGUCAUUACAAGACUAGAGAGGAUGUCCAGGAGUCAAGAAAAUGUCAGUUCAAAAGGGGAAGAGAGGCUUCCAAAUGGAGUGCCUACAUAACCCAGGACGACGAAGACUACGACAAGGGCGCCAACUACCAAGCGGGUGAUUUGAGCAAUAAAAUCUUCCGGCCUUUAACCAACGACGAAAAGAUAGAAGAUGAGAUCCACCCUGAUUUUCUUUGAACCUCUCUUCGGUUGGCUCUUUCAAUUCUUCUGCCCUUGUUUAAAUCAACUAGAACAUAGAGGUUUCCUGAAUUACACAGUGAUAUGGCAAA